AUGGCCCAGCCGUUCCACGCCGGAGGGGCCGUCCCGGCUUUCAGACUUGCUGAGCCGUCCAUGCAGGGCCUGCUGAGCGCCGUCACUGCGUACUGGCCGUCGCUCUCUCACCUGGAUAUCACUCGCCUUGGAUCACUCAUUGCCAUCGCCGGCGUCAUCCCUGCAGCAUGGCGGCUGCUUCACGGCGCCUGGCGCGAGACAUACAGCUGGAUCAAACAAUUCUUUGUUGCCACUGUUAAUAUUCCUGGCCGAGACCCGUUGAACAAGAAUGUUGUCAGUUGGGUGUUGGCUCAUGUCAUUCAGCCCCGGAAUAAUACGCGCUUCUUCACCGCCCGGACCGAAGUCAGGGACCGGCUGGGCCGCGGAGAUACGCCGGACUCCGCGUCGCUCAAGAAAACACAGAGACAGGUCCAGUACCUGCCGCACUUCGAGACACUAUGGUUCUGCCACGAUAAGCGGGUAUUCAUCAUCCACCGCUCCCUCGAGAGUUUCAACGCCUCCAUGUGCGACCCGGGGUACGACGGGAUCGGGGGUGAGGACCUCACCAUCAGCUGCCUCGGCCGCUCGGCUGAACCCAUCCGCUCUCUGGUCCAGACGUGCCGCGACUUCGCCGACCAACAGACGCAGUACUAUGUGAUGAUCUACUCACGGGACCGCUACGGCAUCUCGUGGCAGCCCAUGUCAAGAAAGCCCAUCCGACUGCUAGAGACGGUCCACUUCGACGAGGACGCCAAGAAGAGCCUGCUCUCCGACAUUCGGAAGUACCUCAACCCGGAGACACAGAGGCGCUACCAGAGCAGGAGCAUGCCCUACCGGAGAGGCUACCUAUUCUACGGCCCUCCAGGGACGGGCAAGUCGUCGCUGUCCACCGCGCUGGCGGGCGAGUUCGGCCUCGACCUCUACGAGGUCAAGAUCCCCAGCGUCGGCUCGGACGCGGACCUGGAGCAGAUGUUCCAGGAGAUCCCGCCGCAGUGCAUCGUGCUGCUCGAGGACAUCGACGCGGUGUGGGCCGGCGACCGCGACCUGCCUGAUCGGGAAGACCGCACGAUCGGGUCGAGCGGCAGCCACAGCCCCAGGUCGAACUGCACGCUCUCCGGGCUGCUGAAUGUCCUGGACGGGGUCGGGUCGCAGGAGGGGCGGAUCGUCAUCAUGACCACCAACAAGCCGGAGCUUCUUGACCCGGCUUUGGUGCGGCCGGGGAGGGUCGACCUGAAGGUUCAUUUGGGGAACAUCAGUCGCAAGUCGGCCGGGGAGAUGUUCAUGCGGAUGUUUGCUUCUGACGCAAAUGCUUCAUCCUCCGAUGUGGAUGUGGAAGCCCUCCGGCAGUUGGCGGCCGAGUUCUCGAAGCAUAUCCCCGAAGGCGCCUUCACGCCGUCUCAGCUCCAAGGAUUCUUCCAGAUCCACCUGGAUAACGCGAUUGAGGCCGUCUCCAGUGUGUCAACAUGGGCGGCCAAGGAGCUAUCGAAGACUGCGAUAGACGACGACAUUGAGAUUGUCGCAGAAGGGAAGGCCUGA